AUGCCCAUGCUAAACGGGCAGGAUGGGCCAGCCAAUGGCUCAAAUCCCUCAGAUUCUGGUCGUCAAAAGAUUGUAGUGGUUGGCUUGGGAAUGGUGGCCAUCUCCCUGAUCGAGAAAAUAAUCAAACAGGACACAGACCAGAAAUACGACAUACUGGUCAUCGGCGAGGAAUCCCACGUAGCAUACAAUCGGGUCGGACUAUCCUCAUUUUUCGAACAUCGCAAAAUUGAGGAUCUAUACCUCAAUCCAACAGAAUGGUACGAUUCAUUCAAGGAACGAGCCUUCGAUCAUCAUCUCAACACCCGAGUCACCUCAAUCGACCCAACCGUCAAAACCGUUCAAACCUCAACCGGCGACACAAUAGCCUAUGACAUUCUCGUGCUCGCAACGGGCUCAGAUGCAACCCUCCCAGUCCAGACCUCCGGCUACAACGCCCAGGGAGUCUUUGUAUACCGCACAAUCUCAGAUUUGGAACGUCUCAUCGACUAUGCAGCAAAGCAUAAAGGCCAAACGGCCGUCGCAGUCGGUGGUGGGCUGCUAGGCCUUGAAGCCGCCAAGGCGAUGACUGAUCUGGAAGACUUUGGGAAAGUCAAAUUGAUCGACCGGAAUAAAUGGGUGCUAGCCCGCCAGUUGGAUGCUGAUGCGGGAACGCUGGUGACUCGCAAGAUCCGUGAAUUAGGGCUUGAGGUUCUCCACCAGAAGCAGAUAAAGACCGUUAACACAGAUGGUGAUAAUAACGUUGUUGGUAUCACCUUUGAGGAUGGAGAAUCUAUUGAUUGCUGCUGCAUCUGCUUUGCGGUAUGUAUGACCAUGGUCACUCGAAUCAUCUUGUUGGUCAAAGAUAUUGACUAUUGCCAGAUCGGAGUUCAACCUCGGGACGAGUUGGGUCGGGAAAUUGGAAUCCUGUGUGGUGACCGUGGAGGCUUCGUGAUUGAUGAGAGUCUGCAAACCUCAAUUCCAGACAUUUACGCCGUUGGAGAAUGUGCAAGCUGGAAAAACCAAACAUUCGGCAUCAUUGCCCCUGGCAUUGAAAUGGCAGAUGUGUUGGCCUUCAAUCUCACCAACCCACAAAAGCCACAACGGGUCUUCACACGACCAGAUCUAAGUACCAAGCUGAAAUUACUUGGAGUCGAUGUUGCAAGUUUUGGUGACUUCUUUGCCGACAGAGACGGCCCAAAAUUCCUUCCUGGCCGUCGCCCUGCUACCGCGCCUGAUUCGGAAUCCAACCUAGAAGAGGAGUCCCCGGUUAAAGCCUUGACAUAUAAGGAUCCCUUCUCCGGAGUAUACAAGAAGUACCUAUUCACCAUGGAUGGGAAAUACUUGCUUGGCGGUAUGAUGAUCGGUGAUACCAAGGAUUAUCUCAAGCUUAAUCAGAUGGUGAAACUUCAAAAAGAGCUCGAAGUUCCUCCAAGCCAGUUUAUUCUUGGUGCUCAGAAUGGCGGAGAAGAAAAUGCGGACGACCUUGACGAUAGCACGCAAAUUUGUUCAUGCCACAACGUCACCAAAGGCGACGUCGUCGAGAAUGUGAAAAACGGCACUUGCAAGUCUAUUGCCGAAGUCAAGUCAUGCACAAAAGCCGGUGCAGGAUGUGGUGGGUGCAUGCCUCUGGUGCAAUCCAUUUUCAACAAGACCAUGCUAGACAUGGGACAAGAAGUGUCCAAUAACCUUUGCUCGCACAUCCCCUACUCACGCGCCGAUUUGUACAACAUCGUUGCCAUCAAGCAGUUGAAGACCUUCACUGAAGUCAUGAAGGGCGCUGGCAAGAACCCGGAUUCUCUUGGAUGCGAACUGUGCAAGCCGGCAAUUGGAUCAAUCUUGUCUAGUCUUUUCAACCCACAUGUCAUGGACAAGGGUUAUAAUGACUUGCAAGACACAAAUGACAAAUUCCUUGCGAACAUUCAACGAAACGGUACCUUUUCAGUGGUGCCUCGAAUCCCAGGUGGAGAAAUCACAGCCGACAAGCUUAUUGCUAUUGGAUCUGUGGCAAAGAAGUAUGGUCUUUAUUGCAAGAUCACAGGUGCACAGCGUAUCGACAUGUUCGGCGCGAAAAAGCAGGAUCUCCUCAAUAUCUGGACUGAGCUUGUAGAUGCCGGUAUGGAGAGUGGACAUGCCUACGCAAAGGCACUCAGAGCAAUCAAGAGUUGUGUUGGAACUACGUGGUGUCGCUUUGGUGUCGGAGACAGUGUUGGCAUGGCAAUUCGCCUGGAAGAGCGAUAUAAGAGCAUUCGUGCGCCACACAAGUUCAAGGGAGCAGUGUCUGGCUGCGUACGUGAAUGUGCCGAGGCACAGAACAAAGACUUCGGACUUAUCGCCACCGACAAAGGGUACAAUAUAUUCGUUGGAGGCAACGGUGGUGCAAAGCCAAGACACUCCGAGCUGCUGGUGACCGACGUUCCGGCGGAGAUGGUGAUGCCCAUUAUCGACCGUUACUUGAUCUUCUAUAUUCGAACCGCCGACAAGCUCCAGCGAACGGCACGAUGGAUUGAGAAUCUCCCAGGCGGCAUCCACUACCUUAAAGAAGUGAUUGUUGACGACAAGCUCGGAAUCUGCGCUGACAUGGAACGGCAAAUGCACGAGCUAGUCGACAGUUACUUUUGCGAGUGGACGGAGACAAUCAAAGAUCCGAAUCGCCGCAAGGUCUUCCAGCAAUUCGCCAAUACAGAUGAAACCGUCGAAAACGUCGAAGUUGUACAAGAACGUUCCCAACAGCGCCCAACAUACUGGCCGAAAGACUCAACGACCCAGGAAGACUUCAAGGGCCAUCAGUGGUCCAGCGUAUCCUGGCAGCCCGUUAUCAAAGCCGACCAUUUCUCCGAUGAACAACCACAGGUAUCAUCGGCGAACGUCAAACGGGGCGAUACCCAGCUUGCUGUCUUCAAGAUCAAGGGCAAGUUCUAUGCAACCCAGCAGAUGUGCCCGCAUAAGCGAGCAUUUGUUCUCUCUGAUGGCCUGGUUGGUGAUGACGAUGCUGGAAAAUACUGGGUGUCUUGCCCUUAUCAUAAACGCAAUUUCGACCUCAACGGCGAGCAGGCGGGACGGUGCUCGAAUGAUGAGAGCAUGAACAUCGCCACCUUCCCCGUUGAAGAGCGGGAUGAUGGAUGGGUUUAUCUCAAACUCCCGCCAGUAGAAGAAUUGGAUUCUGUUCUAGGAACAGAGAAGUGGAAAGUGCGGAAGGGAGAGACCGAGGACCCGUUCCAUAAAGUCGACAAGAAGUUUAAGGGGAUGAGAGGAAAGAAGGUCCUUGACGGAUUCUUGACCAAGGCGCCAGCUGUGCAGCCGGCCAAAACAAUCGAUUGGUAG